UUGUCUGAAACUGGAAAAUAUCAUAACAUUUCCACUUGUACGUUUGAUAACACACGAAACAAAACAGCUAGUUUUGACCAUGAGGUGACGCCGCCUGAGGAAUCCCUGUUUGUAGUGGCGGGGAGGAAACUCACCAUAUAUGGGCAGUGACGUCAGCCCCACGUGGUUUGAGUUCGUGAGAGAUUCCAGACAACACUAUUUCCCGUAAAGUUACGGGGCGUGGCAAACCAAUUCUCCGGCUUUAAGGGUUUACAACCUGACAAUUACUCCCAGACUUCCGAUUCUAAAUGGAUGACUAGAAAGCCGGAGGUGCGGCUUGGACAACUUUCGGACGUUUUAGCUCGAUUUAAACAAUAGUCAAACUCUUUUCCCCCUCUUUGCUCCCCUUCGGAACGAACUCGUUUGGACUCUACCGAUUUACGGCAAUACAGUGGGCUUGCCCCCAGAGUUUGAAUUAACCCACAAGACUCAUCCCGAAAGCUACGAUCUAAAGGCUCUAUAGACACACACAGCGGAGGCUGGGUUCGGUUGCGUUUCUCAGAAAGCCGGAGAGGAUGUAUCGAAACUUCGGGAGUCAAGGGAGAGGCAACCCGGCGUACGGAGGCAACCUGUCCGGGUCCAGCUCCGCAUCACUGGGCGGCAGCAGCAGCAGCAGCACCUCCAGCACCCAGCAGGAGCAGAAAUUCACAAUGGCAGGCAGCAACCCCUUUGUCCCAAGUCUGAAUGCCAUCACAACAAACCAGGACCUCCAGUGGCUGCUCCAGCCCUCACUCAUGCAUCCUCCAGGACCUUCACACUCACCGGUACCGCCUUACCCAUCCAUCGUGGGGGCCCGGCCGAUGGGUCCGCCGCCUUCCCAGUCCCAUUUCAUCAGACCCGGGGUCAUAAGGGCAGCUGCUAAUACCCCACCGCCCACAAGGCGCAGGAAUGAUGAGCAGUUGUCACUUGAAGAACUGGAAAGACGCAGGAUCAGAAGGGAAAGGAAUAAAAUGGCAGCAGCAAAAUGUCGCAAUCGCCGCCGUGAGCUGACUGACUCAUUACAAAAUGAAACCGAUCAGCUGGAGGAUGAGAAGUCGCGUCUGCAGAAAGAAAUAGCACUACUGCAGAAGGAGAAGGAGAAGCUGGAGUUGGUCCUGGAAGCCCACCGUCCCAUCUGCAAGAUAGACGACUCUGAUUCCGAUUCUGAUGCCACGCCUUCGCUUUCUUCUUUGGGAGGCAUCAAACUGGAACCAGAGGAAUCCAUCAUUCCGGGACCCUCCACAAAAAAGCCAGAGAAGCCCAAACCGAAGAUAAUGAUCCCAGCCAAACCGGUGGCGUCCACCGCCUCGGUCGUCGCCUCUGAGUCCGAGUCGCUCCACACGCCGGUUCUCAUAUCGACGCCGUCACUCCUGUCCUUCUCUGCUGGCAUGGUUUUCACGUAUCCGUCCUCCACGUCGGAAGCAGCAGCGCCUGCCGCGUCCCAUCAGGCCUUGCACCCUCAGGCCCAGCAGCCCUGCGGAGUCGCCCAUCGGCGCAGCAGCAGCAGUGGCGACCAGUCGGAUCACUCCCUGCACUCGCCGACCAUUCUCACCCUGUGAUCGCCCAGCGAAACACUACAGCUGGUUCCGGUUCCAGCCCAAACGCAGGAUCUCUGCAAAACGCUGACGGAAACGAGGACGAUGACUGUUUUAGGCAUUUCAAGACGAUCAGCUGCUUCGUUACUUAAUCUCUGAUCUCAGCUGACUCUCAAGGCCUUGUGCACAUGUAGCCGGGUUUUUAUAAAAACUAAUAUCUCCCCUGCAUCGAUUCUAAAACACAAAUAUCGCACACGAGAAAUCAGUUUCAGAAAAACUUCAAUCAGAUGAACCCAAGCAAACAUACAACGGUACGACGGAGUAUCAGGGCCACGCCAAGAAAACCAAAAAACACAAGAAUGAAGUCAGAAUAUUACGACCUUAUUCUCUUAGUUUUUUUUACU